AUGAGCGACGGCCGAUGGUUGACCAAAUCUCAAUUUCACAGGUUUACAGUGGCCCCUUUGAACCGAUGGUUCAAGCUGUGGCGACAACCUGACCAAUCCUUACUUCGCUGGCAAGUCUUUGUCUCACACCAAUGGCAACUACACAGCCAAACUCUACGGAUGCGACUUGACGGCAGACAGUUACGCGAACUCAAGAACUUACGGGAAAGCUCAGAGCACAUCGUGAUCUCCCCCAUUGAUCAUGGACCGCAUUUGGCUUAUGCAUUUUGUCCUCAACAAUACUUCGACAUCUUGACCAAGACCUUUCUGGAUCCUGCAGUUUUCUGGCGACGAGACACCAACCCGAUGCAGCUAUCGGAACAUAUACAACGAGCCAUCAAACGACAUGUUCCUACACGCUAUCACUGGGCCCUGGCACCCAAAGAAUCUUUGCCGUACGCCUACGUGCUCCCCAAGCCCUCCAAACAAUUCUUGAAGGGUCGCCCGAUUGUCAGCUAUUCCAACACGUGGUGUGCCACACUCGCGAAAUUUCUUUCCACCGCCGUCCUACAGAUGCUACAGACGGUUGUUCCACCUCAGUUCGUUUCUCCUACCGUCCACUCCAUCAUCCAGACGUUCAUCCAUGCCUUCCGCAACAACCCGGUCACGGUGGAACUUCAGCUACUUCAACAAGAUCUUUCUGGUUUCUUCCCUUCGGUUCCACAUGAUCGCAUUUACCACUCGAUCUCGUCGUUGACAGACAUGUUCGCUCGCCACCAACAGAUUCCCUUGGACUCUGACAUACAGAUCACGAUGCGGGACCGCAAUUCACUUGGUCGCCUAUUUCGAGGCCGAUAUCGAAAAGCCGGUUCACAUUACAAACCUCUAUGCCUUCGUGACUUACCUUCAUUGGUUAUGUUCUUGCUACGUCACUCCUUUUUCACAGUUGGCACGGAGAUUUUGGUACAACAUCGCGGGGCCUCUAUGGGCUCACCCAUGGCCCCCUCAAUGUGCGGAGCGACCGCAGCCCUGUGGGAAGCCACAUUCCACCAACUCAUUCGCGAUCAGAUGCUGACCUCUCGUUAUUUCUGUUCUUCACGCUAUGUGGACAAUCGUUGCCUCCUUCGGAUUUGGGAUGGGGAACUGGAAUCCCUGGACGACUGCCAACGACACCACUCCCACCGAGGCCACGAUCCUCUCUCUUCAUCCUCUACGUCAUCGUAUGGUUGGUUCCAAGAGGUAUACCUACAUCCACAUUUCUAUGGCCUUCCCUUGGAAUUGGAACAUGUUCCGGGACAAGAACUGUUGGGCACCGUCGUGGACACCGCACAACGAACACUCAGGGACUUACCACGCGGAUUUAUCUCAUUUGCCGAUUAUCCUGGCCCAAAGCCGUCAUUGCACCUCAAGUUCGUGAACUUGUUCAUCUAUAUCGUGAACGAGGUUUCUCUGAACGCUCACUGGAAGACGCAUCCCGGUCCGUACGUCGUCGUGUUGGACUACGUUGGCGACAGGUCAGUGAACCCCCGGAAAACUUGCUCCCAUGCGUUUAUUGAACUGAACACGACCCAGCAAACGCCGUCGACGACAUCGCCACCAUACUACCUCCUCUUCUUCCACAUCAUCUCGACCUUCCAAGGCCACGUCAACAUCAUCUUCGACAUCUUCAUCGUCUUCAUCCUCUUCUUUGUGCCCCACUACGGAACUACAAACAGUGGACCCACCUACCUCCUCGUCCCGUUCGAAGAAACGUCCACGGAAGACACCUUCGGGGACCAGCACUACCACUCCAGCGACAGGAGCUACACCAGCCACUACGAAUCCUCCCUCAGCAACAUUGGACGUGCAGAACUGCAUUAG